AACAUAUGAUGGCAAAGACAAACAUAUUUUAGAUAUUUUUAUACAUUUGUAAAAAGAAAAAAAGUAAAAAUAUACCCUUUUCUAAAGUACUUAAAAUUGAGAUCAGGUGCAUCUUAUUUCCAUUAAUCCUUCAGAUCCUCCUGCAGAGUUCACCUGGAGUAAGUGGAGCUAACUGAGCGUGAGUUAGAAAUAAAUCCACUUGUUGCUUUAAUUUUGCAGAAACAUCUGCAAUAGAUUGUUAGAACAGAUAUACAACAGUCUCUGGUCUGAUAAAGGUGAAGUAGAUCUUUUUUGGCCUAGUAUAUUUUAAGCUUUAUGUCUUGACAAAAAGCAGCCACUGCUCAGGACCUGACUAACACCACCACUGUAAAGUAUGGUGGUGGCAGCAUGACGCUGUGGGUAUGAACCUCUCCUCCGGGUAACUUGUCAUUAAAGUGACAAAGGAGAAAAACAGAGACAUUUCUCAAGAAAAACAUAUAUGACAGCUUGUAGAGAAAAUGGUGGAAAAUUUCUCAAAAGAAAGGCUUGUAGAGACACACAAGACAAAGCGAUUUACAGAACAGCUACCGUGCAAAGACGUGAUGCAAGAAAGUAGUCUCUCUUUAAACAAUGUUCACACUCAGCCACCACUUUGUUGCAGUUUAUAUUUUACGGUGAGCAAAUCAUCAGAUGUAAGCUUGCUAAAUGGUGUGCAACCUUUUCCCACAGGAGACAUUAGAAAAGCAUCUAGUAUCUUUGAAGAAGCAAAGGGACGCUGUGAAACACAGACUGAAGAAACUGGCAACCCGUCAGUCAGAAAUCACUAAAAAGUCUGCAGCGAUAAGAGAGAAUGUAGCGAUGAAAUAUCAGGAGAUCCAGAUGGUUCUGGAGGAGGAUCUGCGGCUCACCUUGUCCCACCUGGAGAUGGAGGAGAGGGCUGCCGUCUCUGCCUUGGAUGGACUGAUGGAGAGAAACUGUGCUCUGAUCCAGGAAAUAGAGCAGGACUUGGCCAGACUUUCUUUAGUUUUGGAGCACAGUGACACGGAGCCCGAUUCUAUGUCGUUCGUUUUAGAUGCUGAACUGGACGACACAGAGACAGUAGAUAGAGUGUUGGAUGUCCUCAACCAAUCAGAUCCCAGCAGUGUGAACCUCGAUGAAGCUAAAGCUAAUCAGAUCCUCAGCCUCACCAACAGCAUGCUGCUCCUUGUCUACUCGCAGACCCCGUUAAUAAAGAAGCUCCUGAAAAGCUAUUCCAGUGAGGUGCACCUGGACCCAGAGACGGCCCACCCAAAGUUGGUCAUCUCCCCUAAAUGUGACAGCGUCUCCUACACAGACGCCUGGCAGAAACUCCCUGACCAACCGGGACGGUUCGACACCACCCUCAACGUCAUCAGUCUGCAGGGCUUCAGCUUUGGCCGCCAUUACUGGGAAAUUGAUGUGACUGGGAAGACGUACUGGGAGCUUGGUGUUACCUAUCCCUCCAUUCCUCGCAAAGGCAUAUCUGAGGAGUGCUGGCUGGGUCGGGGUGCCGUGUCCUGGUGUGUGGAGUUCUUCGAUGGGGAAUACACUGCCUGGCAUGGAGGGGUGCCUCACCAACUGCCUUUUACGAAACGUUUCUGUCAAAUUGGUGUUUUGUGCAGCUUCCCUGCCGGGCUGGUGACGUUUCUAGAAGCGGAUAAAAUGACACCACUGUUCUCAUUCUGUGCUGGAACCUUCUCUGAGUGCCUCCACCUGGCCCUGUGUCCUGGUCACAACCACAGCGGCGCCAAUUCAAGUCCUAUUGUAAUCUGUAAUGCAUCGUCUCCUACAAGUGACCUGUAGCUGAAUAAGAAUGUACACUAAGAACAUGACUUACAAAAAUGCAGGGCCGGCACAAUAUUUUUUAGGGACCCUGAGCAGAAUAGGAUUUGGGGUCCCAUUUCCAUUUUAGCCCACCAAUCACAACAGCACCAAUCAUGUGUCCUUCUAA